CGACCCUGGCCCUGUCACACAUUUCAGUGACGUCACAGCCCUCCGGCCUGGGAGCUCUAGCAGUCACAUCCGAUGCCCCGCCUGAGUGCUGGCUGUACUGAGAGGGGCAGGGUGCUCGAUAUACUUGGUACAGUCUUGCUCCAUCUGUCUUGGAGCCUCACAGCCCCAGCAUGAGCCCACCAGCAAAGAAGAGGCCCCAGAGUAGAGUGGUUUUCCAGGUCGGACUUUGGACCAGAGCCCUCGACGGGGGGUGGGAGACACAAGAUGAGAAACUGCAGGACAAGAUAAGACAGCCUAUCAACAAAAUAAUCAAGCGGAACCGACUUAAAAUGGUGUUAAGGAACUUGUCGCUCCUGAAGAUACUCAAGAGCUCAAAUCACCGGAUCCUGGAGCUGCAUAACCUGGCCAAGAGGUGUUGGAAUUCACUGCUCAGCGUUCCAAAGAUCCUCCACAUCGCCUCCAGGGACAACAAAGUCAGCAACACAGAAAAACAAAAUACUGAAGAGCUCCAGGCAGCUACGUGCCUCGACAAGAAUCUGGAGUUCAAGCAAUUCGAGUCCAGCGCGGAAUCUCAGGAGACAAAGCCCCCAGAGUGGGAGUCUGAGGUGGCACCAGAGACGAAGAGCACGGAAGAGGGGUCACCUGCAGCAGUGACAUGGAAGGAAGGGCAGGCGGAGCCUGAGGCCCCAAGGACAUCCAGGGGCCACGGCCCCAGCCCUGGUGCCUGGGGGACGCAACUACCCGCUGGGGGCCCCCAAGCCAACUUAAUCAAGACCUACCACGGAACUCCCUGGGAGGAGACGAGGCAGCUGGGUGCAGCCGACCAGGGCGACUGGUUUGAGGGGCUGCCCACACGGAUCCGCCUGCCAGGGCCCCGGGUCAUGUGCAGGGCCUCCACUCUGCGCUGGGUCAAGCGCUGCUGCACCCGCUUCUGCUCGGCAUCACUUGAGCACCCCAGGGGCCAUCCGCGCAAGGUGGUGUGAUCCAGCGCGGGCGCCAGAGCGAGGUGUGAGAGGGUGGAGAUCUCGCCCGCCGUCGGCUGCACGGGAGGGAGGGGCAGGACAAGUCUCCCGUCUGCAAAUAAAAUCUCCCACAGGGCACUGCACAA